AUGUCGCGAGAAGAAGGCAUAGCAUUGGAUGUUCGGCAAGGGAGUCAAGGACCGGGAGCGAAGAACAAUUCAAAGUGGUCACGAGACGAAAACGAGAGGAUAAUCCAGCUCCGCAGCCAGGGAAAGACUUGGGGGGAUAUCAGUAAGCAACUGCCCGGUCGGAGUCCGAUCAGCUGUCGAUUGCACUAUCAAAAUUAUCUGGAGAGGAAUUUUGCCUGGGAUGAGGCCAAAAAGGAUGAAUUCGCGAGAUUGUAUGAGAGGUACGUUCAGGAAUGUCGCACUCGAGAUUCGCCUCAGCGGUUAUCAGACGUCGGACACCGAUCGACUGACAUAUCACCUACUAGACAUCGUGAACAAAUGUGGUCAACAUUGGCAGAAAAUAUUCAUAUACCGUGGAGAGCUCUCGAAGCAAUGCACUGGGAAAUGGGAGAAAAUGAGUUGGCGUCGCGUGCUGGGGUGGUACCCUUUUCUCACAACCCUUAUCGGCAUUCACAAUCCCAAGGCUUAGCGCUACCCGGAGUCAAAGAAAUAUUAGACAAUGAGUUGGUGUUGCGUGCUGGGGUGGUACCAUUUCCUCACAACCCUUAUCGGCAUUCACAAUCCCAAGGCUUAGCGCUACCCGGGGUCAAAGAAAUGUUACACGAGACUGACUCGACGACAUCUACGCCAUCAAGGAAUGGAAAUGGACUAUGGAUGGAUUCGAAGACAUCUUUGGAAAGCAGUGGGAAAUUCAAGGAUCACAUCGUGGAAGCCAAGAAGAACUGCCCUACAGCCCUCGUUGGGAUCCAAGUUGCCGACGAACCACGGGAGGUGACUUUACCAGAAGCCCUCAACCGAGCUGCAGAACUUGAGACAACGUAUUUCACCGUGCAGGCCAACAGUCAAGUUAUGGCCCCAUUCAUCUACUUGGGUCAUUGUCAUGCAAGGAAGAAGCCUACCACGUCCCGCGAAGCGACCAUGAUCUACGGCUCAGGUGAUCAAUUGGUUGCAGAUUUGCCGGGUCACCAACACGACCACAAAUAA